AAAAAAGGUCAAGCAACAUUGAACAACCAUACAAAGAGGCUCGGAAUGUGAAGAAUUUUGUGGUUCAUUAGCACAGUUUAUUCUUAUUGUUUAUGGAACUGCAAUGGUUCACCUUUUGGAAGUACGGAGUGUUGAACUGGAGGUAGGUUAAGUAUUUUAGUAAGUUUGUUUUGAUCCUAUUUCAUUUUUACUUCGCUAUUAUUGUUCAUUCUUUAAAAAAAGAUAGUUUAAAAUAUUUAAAUGUAGGCCUAACUUUUUUUGUUUGUGACCUGGAUAGAAACGGUACGACGGUGAGAACGAUAAGCGGUGGUAUCGUGUUGUGUGAACCAAGCCUACACAAAAUGACAAAACCCUUAGUUUAGGGCUAGGUCUAUAACUUAUAAUUGUUCUUAAGUCUAAGCUGCUUCCACCGCCGCGGCGUUCAGGUCCUAUUUAAUUCAUUGACUUAAGUCUUAAGCUUUACAUUAAAUUACAGCGUCAACUAAUGAUUAUAAUUAUAUGACUGUUGCUGUUGCUUUAUUACUUUAUACAACUUUAUUAACAGUAAUAGUAAUAUAAUAACCCUAGUAAGUGGUAGUUUGCAAGUAUAAUAUAAUAAAAUCACAAAUCCACUCAGUGGGAAUCAGGCCUAGUCCCUGGCCUUGUCUAAGCCUUUUUGAGUUUGACUAACUUACUUACUAAUAUACUAUAAUUAUAAUAGGCAAAUAGGCCUAACUCAUUGCUACACUCAUUCAAUCAUUGCUACUUAUUGUAACUUACUACUACUGACAACUGCUACUCACAAGCAAAGUCAAAGUAAUUUUGUCAUAAAACCCAACCAAAAAUAUUAUUAUUAUUCAAUACAUUUUCGAUAAAUUUUGAUACAAUUUUGCUUAGUAUAUUAAGAUAGUUCAGGGGCGUGAAAAAAGUGUGCGGGUGCAAACUUGGGGGAAGGGGUGAAGUACAGAUUUGGAUUCUUAUUAAGUGAAAUACUUGAGCUCAUGUUUUGUCAAAUGAACUUUAGUUAAUGGGAAGUUUAGAUUGCCGCCACCAUUGUUUGACAGACUAUAACUAUUGGUAUAAUAAAUCUAUGGUAUAAAAGUGGGUUGGACUUAUUAGAAUAUUAAUAUAGCCUGCCAUGGGCUUUGAUGGGAUGGGGGGGGGGAUAAUUUGGAAUCUUAUAAAGUGCAUUACUUAAAUGCCCGUUUUGACUAGUAAAUUUAAUAGAUGGGAAGUUCAUGCAUUGGGUUGCCAUUUUUUGGUGCGCUAUAGCUAAUUUUAUAUAAUAACCACAGAUAACAAUUAGAAUGAUUCUUCAUGAAGUUCAUUUACAUCCACAUGACAUAUAAAUAUAGCCUAUAGUUUUUGACGAAUCUUUUAUCAAAACCAUAGUAAAAUAUAUGCAGGGAUGUAGGGGGUCGGCAAAGUUUUUAAGCCAUACCCCAAACAAUGUUCCCUCUAAGGUUUGCUGGUUCAUGUGCAAAAAUCAUACAGUUGUGUGCAAAGUUUUACAGCAUCAUAUUUUUUGUGUGCAAAAUUUUACAACCCACAAACACCAACACACACUUACAUGGAAAUUAGCUGCGCGGAUACUCAAAAUUGCUGCGCGGCGUCUGUUAUAAUAUAAUCGUAGAUUAUUUGAACAGAGAAAUUUGGAUACAGUCUUUGUUGUUAAGGACACAAACAUAAACCAAUUGUCCCAACCUUUGUUUUCCUGCAUUUACUCACCUGCUAUCAAUAUUUUUGUGUGUGCUGUAGUUAUUUUUUCUAUCUCCUCUAACUAGAGGUGAUAACGUUUCUUAAUUUGCAUAGCUGAACAUCGCUGCCAUAGAGGAAGCUAAGACAUUUGAUUAAUACUUUUAUUUUGGCUUCACUAAUUGCUUUGAAAUUAAAGGGUUUGUUUCUGUACUGAGUGUAGAUAAAUAACUGGUAGAAGUUGUACUGACAGUAGAACUUCACCCAUAAAAAAUAUACCUCUGUAUUUGGGAAAUACUUACAUGAAUUUUCAAUAUAUUUAAAAAAAAAAUUCUAUAAAUCAUUAUGAAGAAAAUUACUCCUUUGAUGUACUUUAUCGAAAGUUGUUAACUAGUGAAAAUGUAUAAUAAUUUUUUAGCCAGCCAUAAAACUACUAAAAGUCUUUUAGGCCUCAUUUAACUCAUGCCCUUAUAAAUAUUUUAUUGAUUUUUAAAAUAUGUGUUCAUGACAAAAGUUGUUUUGUUAAGGUGUUAUUUUAACGGACUUCUAGUGAUGGACGCUCCUUCAAGCGUCCUGAAGCCAAGCUGAGGUGUGACAAUGACUACAAAACCUUUGGUGGCAGCUUCAGUAGGAAAGAAACGCAAAUUGGUCAAUGUCCAUUUGUUGAAUGGUGAUCAGCAUGUUGUCCAUGUUGAUGUCAAGUCAAAAUUCCAGGAAGUCUUCAAUCAGGUUGCAGGUCAUCUUAGUUUACGUGAGACUGAGUACUUUGGUUUGGCUUUUAAGAAAGGUAUUUGCAAAUUUUAAUAUUUCAUUUUUUUUCUGUUAAGGACUGAUACAAAGCAUGCAUAUUUUAUCCAUUAAAAACAACAAUUUUUACUUAUUAUCUCAAUCAGUAUCUACAGCCUAUUGCCAAUAAAUAAAUUGUAAUCAAUGAUACUCGUAUAUUAUGCAUAUUGCUCAUCUUGAUAAUAGAUUUUACCAUAAAAUGUAAAUUUUGUUUUAACUUUAUAGAAAAUGAGUAUCACUUCAUCUUGUUGGAUGAGAAGAUACACAAGCUUGCACCAAAACAGUGGAAAUCAGGAUCAGGAGAGGUAAGAAGUUAUUUUUCAUGUGUUCAUUCACAUGCUCUACCAUAAGCACAUACACAAAGCAUUAAAAAAAUUAUUAAGCACCAUAAUCUAUAGCAAAUUUCUAUCAGUAACUUUUAAGGCUACUUAACUGUUCUUCCAAAUUAUUUAUUUACCAUCAAGUGUUUUAUAGACAUUAAUCUGACCAAGAUAAUGUCAAAAAUUGUUCAAGUUUUUGUAUGUUUAUUAAAUGUUGACUGCCACCAAACAGCUGCUUUAAGCUGCAAGAAAAUUACAUUACAUCCGUGCGCAGAGUUGACCUCUACGUCUUGUUUAUUUUUAGGGUUUAGACAGUGAAGGAAAAGCUCUUAUAAAUGUCUGGUUCAGGGUACAGUUUUACGUUGACCAGGUCAUUUUGUUACGGUAAGUCAGAUCAACACAUAUUAUUUGGAUGAUUAACAUUAGCCUCAAACUAUUUUUGGCUAAUUUGUGUUGUCCACCACUGUGCCAGUUGUUUUUUUUGUUUUGUUUUAAUAUGAAAUCUAUAGAUACUUUUUAAAAUUCAAUAUAUCAAUACACUAAUAAAAUGAGUUUUCAAUCAAAUGGCUACUUUAUAGUUCAGUAGGGGGAAUUAUUCCACUUAAGCAUUAAUAAAAUAUACUUUUAAGGAAUAUCACAAUGUGAUUUUUUUUUCCCCAUUUAUUUAAAUAUAUGACUAUCACACAACCACUUCUGUUUUCAGAGAAAAGGUGACUAGACAUGAGUACUACCUCCAGUUAAAGGACAAUGUUCUACAGUACAAUCACCUGUACAAUGAAGACAAAUGUUUCCAGCUUGCUGGCUAUGCUCUCCAGGCAGAUUAUGGCAACUACUUACCAGAAAAACAUGGAAAAGGAUACUUUGAUCCCACUCUAUAUUUCCCAUUCUGGGUAAAUUCUUUUCUUUUUAAAUUUGCCCAUCUUACCUGAAAUAUAAGUAAAACUAGGGUUUAUAACAGUUUUCUUUCAUUUUAAUGAAAGAUGCUUAGGAGUGUGAGGACUUAUUAGUUUUGCUUGCUGACAUAUUUUCAGAUGCUUGAUAGACAUGGUUUGGAUUAUCUGGCCAGCAACAUGCCAACUGUUCACAAAGAUCUGAAUAAUAUGACUAGAAAUGAUGCAGAGCUGCGCUACAUCAGAAAUGCGUCGAUGCAACCUGGUGCUCACAAUCUUCAUUUUUACACUGUGAGGAAACGUAAAACAGACAAGGCUGUCAAUACCUGGCUUGCUAUUUGUGCAAAAGGAGUGGAAGUUUAUGAGGUACGAAAUGUGAUUUUUUUUGGUUAAGUUAUUGUAACUGUAUAUUCUUUUCUAUGUUAACUGUUCUUGUUUAUGUUCAGCUGUGAACUCUCAAAAACGCUUCAAAAAGUUGUUAAUGUGUUUGUCCAAAUAUACAAACAAAAAUAAGAUAUCUAAUUAUACGCCAAAAUCGUAAGAGUAAACAGGUCUGACAUUAUAUCCUCUCCUAAUAGCACCGUCCAGAGUCAUCUUCAAUCAGAUAAACAUUUUUCAAUAUAUAUUCAUCGGUUUAUUAAUAUUUUUAUUGACUUAAGGUUUUUUUAAAGUUGGAAAGUCAUAUUCAAAAUUUAAGAAAUGGGACAUAAAUUUUAAAAAAAAUCAUUACAUUUGUGCAAAUGUGUUAGUAGCUAUAUGCCCUGUACCAGCAUAAUACAUCACACAGUACAUUGAGGUUAGUUAAACAUGUGCUUGUAGGACACAAGGUUGGUGCUAUAGGCAUGUGCUCGUAGGACACUGGGUGGGUGCUAUAAGCAUGUGCUUGUAGGACACUGGGUGGGUUGCAUAAGAGGUUUAAUAACUUGUUACAAAUCAUUUGCUUUCCUGUACAGUGCUUGAAAUUUUGUAUUAUAUAUAUAUUAAACACAUUAUUUUUUUUUUAUCUCCAGGAUGAUGCUGGUUACAAAAAUCACAUAUCAACAUUUAUGUGGAGAGACAUUGGUAAAUUGUAUUUUGAUGUGAGUAAAUUAAUUAGAUGUAUGAAAAGAAGCUAAUUAUUUGUCAUGCUAAUAUAUUAUUGCUGUUUGAGACACAGAGAUAUGUUCAGUGUAAUAAAUAUCUUAGAAGUAUAUGAUGCACAGGAAGCUGAAAAGUUGUUAACAAGCAGUUCUCACCCUCAACUUGUGCAAUGGCUUGACUAUGUCUCUGAGAGAGAGAUAGAUGCUCCAAUAAAAACUCACAUGGAAAAUAAGCAUUAAACUCUAAUAAUUUGUGGACUCUAAUAAAGGAAAAGAGAGUUAAAAGUAAAUUAAAUUAAUGCUAUUAACUACCUGCUUUUGUUAUUUUAGCUUACAUUUUGAAAAAAAAAAUUGAUUGUGUUUAAAAGAUUUGAAUGUUAACGAGUUUUAGCAAUGAUUAUGUUAGGAGAGGAACAUAAAUCCAUUAAAUUGAUUUAUUAUUGAAAAGAAAUCUAAUGUGUUGAAAUGUUUUCAGAAAAAAAAGUUUGAGAUUCGCUCUGUUCAGAGUGCAGGAGGCAGAAGAUACAUGUAUUACACCGACUGUGACAUCAAGUCUAAAUACUUACUCAGUAUUUGUCGUGGUACACACAUGUUCCAGAUGGCCAUACAGCCUAAGUUGUUAGAGAUUCAACAUUUGGACAAUGAAGGUACAGUAUACAAAUUAAAAUUUAGCAAAAAGAGUGCUUCCAUUUCAAGGUUACAAAAGCUGGCAUGGCGUAUUGAGCCCUCAACAUAAAAGCUGGUAUAGCUUAUGGAGCUCUCAGCAUAAAAGCUGGCAUGGCUUAUUGAGCCCUCAACAUAAAAGCUGGUAUGGCUUAUUGAGCCCUCAACAUAAAAGCUGGUAUGGCUUAUUGAGCCCUCAGCAUAAAAGCUGGCAUGGCUUAUUGAGGUCUCAACAUAAACGCUGGCAUAGCUUAUUGAGCUCUAAACAAUUCAGUAUUUCAUUUAUCAGUGGGAUACCAUUUUUAGGGAAAUAAAUCAAAGACAUAUCAUCAUGGUUUAUUAAAAGAUCAACAUUACCUUUGUUUUUCCAGCUUAAAUGGCACACAUUAAUAAUAAAAUUAUCAUAGUGUAUAUAUAGUAGGUCAGGGUGAAAUUGUGUGUACAUAAGGUGAGGCCCAUCUAUGGAAACUGUUUUAUAAAUUUCAGAUCAAAAGAGGUACAGGGAGUCCUAUAUCUACAGCGAUCCUAGAGACCGCAGUCAUUUCCAGCACAGUCCCAGCAAGUCACUUAGUGCUGCCGGAAGCAGCAGCAACCAAAGGUUCUCUCUCAUCAGUGAUGCCAGCUCAAACACCACCAGUGGCAUCGUGAGUGACCGAAUGGCUGUCAGCUUUGAUGAUGGAGAUGGUAUGUUAUGCACAAUCUCAAGUCCAUAUUCUAAAUCAGUUGUUCUAAAAAUAUAUUUUGUUGCCUUUAACUCAUCAUUAGCCAUCACGUACCAAAUCUUAUUCGCUUUUCUUAACUCUUGAGUUGGAACAUGAUGCAAAUCUUUUUUCUACAUCUCAUUGCACCUACUAAUAAAUUAUUAUUUUUAUUUGCCUCUCUGAAAGAUCACAGCCGAGAAAUCAUGAUUGACUGUCCCCCUCGAUCCACCUUAUCCAACACACCGAGCCAGAAGAGAUCAAAAUUCCAGCUUCUCUCAAGUAAGCACAUUUUAUAUUACAGAAAAUUUAGAUAGCAAACCAAGAAGCACACAUGGUUAAUUUUCUUCCUUUCACUUUGAGUGUAAUUUAUAAGUUCAUGAUUAUGUUUGUUAAAUUGUAUGUACAGCGUGGUGAGCCCAGCCCUAGGUUGGGGUACCGCGCUAUAUAAAACCACCACUUUUUAUAAUAAUAAUAAUAAUCCGAUAUUACAUGAUACUGUUGCAAACCUUGAUUCCAAUUGUGUUCAACCCCUGUUUGUAGAACUGAGAGACUUAGUCAUUACUUAUGAAACCUGUCUUAAUGUAACCUUUUCUUUUGUGUACAGGUUUUAAACAGAGUCCCCAAAGCAAUAAAACUAGUCCAAAUCAGGUCCCUCAUAGUCUGGAGCUGGUCAAGACGGAUGUCUCCUCACAGGAACUCUCCCCCACCAGUAGCAAUGGAAGCUGGCGUGCCAGGCACUCGCAGACAGCUGCAUAUCUCAUGGGGACAACAGGGCUUCCACUUACCUCGCCAACCACACCCACCUAUGAUUUCAGCUCCUACCCAGGUGUGCGGAGAAGUGGAGGCAGGAAGGACAGCUUCAGUAAACUUGCGCAGGGCUCUCUGUUGAGCUCAGUUGACCGAAAUACAUCUGGUGACAGUGCCGUGUCAUUAUCUGGUAUUUUAACUGGCCCUGAUAAACUGGCACCAUUAUCUCUUCCUCCUUCUGAACUUCGAGCUUUGUCCGGCACAGAUAAGCUUGCUCCUUUAUCUCUCAUGGGAGAACAUAAAUCCGUUACGGGAGUCUCUGUGGUACAAGGAGCCAAUAUCAGCAAAUCUGGCAGGGGAAGUGGUGGCUCCCCUAACUUUUCUGUGAAUCAAGUGCAGAUGAACCCCGGACCCCCUCCCCUGGCUGCAUUGAACUUUAGUACAUUAGGUGCUACAAGAGACCCUCAGGUGCAUGCUUCUAAAAGCUUGGAAAACACUGAACUUUUGAAAGGUCCCAGUUCUCCACGUGAUGUGAGUCAACAGUUCAGGCCUACUAGUACACCACUUGACAUUGGUCAAAAGUUAAGUGCCUUGACUUCGCCUAGAGCCAAUAUUCCAGAAUAUGGAAAAUCCUACCCUAGAAAUAGAACAGAACAACAGUACAAAGCACAAAGUGCCCAACAGGCCAUUUAUCAAACAAUCGGGUCCCCAAGAGACCUCAGGAGUGAUCAGUUUAAAUUACCUCCGGCACAUAUGGGGCUCACAGAAUAUCAGACAACAAUGAAUACUCCUAGAGCUGAUGUGUAUGGGGGAUUGAUCCCAGCAGGGGCACAGACUACCCCCCAGCCUGAGGUGUCUAAGAAUGAUCUACAGCCCCAUCUUGAUGCUCAGUUUCAUAAAGACAAUAAGCAAGUUGUUGGUGGCAUGAUGACUGCAAAAUCAGAUCAACUUGCUUCAAACUCUCACACAUCCUCAUCCAGAAAUGCUACAGAGCAUUACAUGUUAGCACUACAGCAGGGCUCAGCUCAUUUAAUGGAACAGAAAUCUGCGACCAGAGGCCGUAUGCACGUGCCGGAACAAGCAGCCGUUGCAGUGGGUCCAGGCCAGUACCAGUCCACACAGCACCAGGCACCACACAAGCUGACGCAGUAUCCAUCCACCCAACGUCAACAAGUGAGUCAACAACAGGUACCAUACAUGACCACAGAAGAGUAUUACAAGUAUAAUGUCACAGCUAAAGAAAUCCCGCUGCUCUCUAAUCAGAUUCAGGUAAUGUUCAAACGAUUAUUAAAAUAGGAAUAUAUCGGUAAGAAUAAUUGUUUUGAAUGAACAGAUAAAUUCAGAGAAAAGCUGCACUUUGAUUGACUCUUUUUUUUUUUUUUUUGCAGGCUGGAGAUGCAAAUAUGAAGCAAGAAAUGGAAGAAAACAAAGAAAACCUUUUUCACAGAACAGAAGAAAAUACAGAAGAAAAGAAAGAUGAGGUGGUUGAAAACAUGCAACAAGUUCACAGUAAAGGAAGUCUACAUCCGGAGUUAAAGCAAAUCUUGGGCCAGUCUCAUGCUAUCUCUCUUCCCCUUAUCACGGCACUCUGCAAUGAUUCCUCUCUCAUGCAGACUUCUCGGUCACAGUCUGGCUCCAGAUCUUCCUACGACACCUCCACGGUACGUUCAACAGAUUCCCGCCUCACUCGUUUUUCCCAUGAAACUGAUCCCCGUCGCUGGUCCUCGUGCUGCCAAGCCGCCGGCAUGCCUGAGAUGAUGCUCUCUGUCCAGUCCUCACGUCCCUACAGCUGGCACAGUGAACACUUUGAGCUGGACACGCAAUUGGCACUCCCAGCCAAUGACCACAUGACCCCUAUAAGCCCUCAAAACCCACGAGCGGUGAACAACAAACAUCUCAAAAUUCUAGAUAAUCAAAACAAUCAGCCCCAGAAAAUGAUCGAGUCUGACCCCGGGCCAUCAUCCCCGCGAAUGAUUUCUCACUACGACACCUCAUGGUGGAACACCCCCAACACCACAUCAGGGAUGGACAUCAACUCGUCAUCUUGGACAGAAGUCAUACCCUACAGUUACCCCGCUCAUCAACUGCCCGGCAACCAAAGUGCCAGCCGCCACCACCACCACCAACACAUGGUGCCUCACAAGCUCAGCAGCGGAGGUCACAGAGAUAGUGAUACCAGCAUUGCACACAACCAGAUGAUGAAAGAAAACAUAGGCAUUGCAUGAGUGGCACAAUCUGGUGAAAUGUUGCAGUCGGCUUGAAGAAGGCAGCCACCCAAGCUGCUUAAAUAGUCCUCACAUCUGCUGUGAUGUUUGAAACGCAGAUGCGAGGGGAUUUCUGACAGAUGUACUGAAGCUGCCUCUCAUUUGGCAAAGUUUGACUGACGUUGCUUCAACAAGGCAUGUUAACCUGCUUUGAAUCAUGCAGUGAUAAAUUCUCGGAAAAGUGAUGGGGUUUUUCAAUCAUGCUGUGAAAUCAUUAGUGUUGCACAGAUUUUACUCUGUCCUUUAAAUUAUUUUAAAAUUGUCACGUCGUCAGUUCAUCUGUUCACAACAGCACAGUUAAAAUUUAAGAUCUGAAAAUGGAAUUAGCAAAACAAUCAGUCUGGCCUGGUUUUAGUAUUAGUAGGAAAAGAUGUCAUUAACGUCUUACUCUACCUGCUGGUGCCAUAGCAUAAGGCAGUUCAGCACUCCUGAAUUUAAAGAAAUCAGAAUUGAGUGGGAUCUAGAGCAACCAACUUGAGUGGUGACCACUUGUAUCACAUAUAACAACCAACUUGAGGGGUGACCACUUGUAUCACGUAUAACAACCAACUUGAGGGGUGACCACUGGUUUCACUUGCAUCUGUUAAACUUCCUUGUGAGGACAUACUUUUAUUAUACCUAAGAUCAAGUGUUAACGAUAUUAUAAUGCUAUUAUUCUUAGGAUACGCUACAGUCGGAUGGGCAUUUUAGAAACCGAUCAUUCAAAGAAAUAGUCCCUAAGAUUAUGUUCAAACAGUUCACUAUUGUUGAUAUAGUAAGGACCUUAGAAAUUCUUUACCAAUGGUGAAUGAAUUUACAUAGCUUUAAAAAAAUCUAAAAAAACAUUGAACAGAUUGUAUAGUUAAUAAAUUACAAAAGGUUGUUAAUAUUGUGUCUCUUAUUUUACUGGCCAAAAAGAAAGUAUCCUUCGCAAAUUGGUGAGUUAGUUAAAUUUUAUCUGCUUGAAAUAGUCUGUGUGUACAAUUGACCUUGUGUAGGAGUGUCUGAAGUUAAGGAUGGGAUUAUACUUGUCAAACCAUGUGUGUUCUUUCCCAUAUAAGGAUAUGAUUUUGAUGUUUUAGCUUUAACUUUAUAAAAACAUUAACUGCUGGAUUUUUGUUUUGUUCUAUAUACCAAAAAACAUCUGCUAAAAUGUCCUAUGAAGGGAUUGAAAUCAUCUCUCCAAUAGUUUUUACUUUCAUAAAUAAAAUAUUUGCUCAAAAAGAGUCACAUGAAUAAGUUCAUUUCAAGUUUGUCAGAAUAUUCAGCCCACCCACUUCUUGUUUUGAUUUGUUCCCUCCUGACUCCUAGGAAUUCAUCACGACAUUUCAGGGAAACUUAUGGCACAUAAAUCAAUGUUUUCCAUAUUUUGAAUUCAAGUUUAGACCUGAGCAAAAUAUUUGUAGAGUCCCCGCAAUAUUCACUAUAUUCUUACUGCUGAGUUGGCCCAUUAAAACUAAAUGUAUGGACUAAGUUAUGGGUAAAGUCUGUUUCUGUAGAUUGUCAAAUGUAAAAAGUUGGCAUCGAAUGUGGAUUUUGCUAAAAAAAAUUUUUUUAUAAAAUGCUUUUUUUAAUUCAUUUAAAAUCAAAUUUUAAAAACUUAAUGCCAAAAUGCUGUACAUUAUUAUUUUUUUUUUGUUCUUUCCACUGCCAUUGAAAUUUAUGAUGUACAUUUGAACAAACAAAUCAAAAUUAUUGUACAAUUUUUUUUGUGUGCUUUAUUUUCUUAAACUGAAUCAAAUUAUACAAACUUUAAAAAAAAAACGUUUUUUAUUGAAAAAUGUGUCCAUGUUGAGAACUAGCACCUUGUGAUAUAUCACCAUGAAUGAGUUACAUUGCUGUUGUAACCUAUAUUCAGAUAAUGCCUUGUUUUUAUUAUCCCGUUAUCUUUUUGGUAGUACAAAAAAUAUAGUUUGUGAUCUUAAGUUCAGAUAAUGCCUAGUUUUAAUUAAAAGUAGAGCCAUAAUUGAGCCAUGGAAAGGAAUGAGACUUUUUUUGUUAUACACGACUUCAUCAUCAUCAGUGGCGCUACAGCCCAUGUAGGGCUCUGGCCUGCUCCACCACAUCCUUCCAUUCGGAACGAUCCAUGGCUUUCCGCCUCCAUGCGCAAACCCCUAACUGGUGUAAAUCCUUCUCUACAUCGUUGUAAGAGGGUAAUAAGGGGAGAGACCAUCUCAGCCUUGGGCUUCUGCCUAAAAGAAAUCCCUUGAACUAGCCACAAUAUGCAGUUGAUGUAGGAAAAUAUAAUGAUAUUUUUAGGAAGUAAAUAAUAAUUCUUUUUAAUAAAUGCUUGAUGGCAUUUCUAGUCUUGGCACAGUUCACUAUAUUAAGUAUGUUCUUGUCUCUAUGUGUCCAAUAGUUUUGUUGUGUAUGUCUACUUACAUACACCAUGUUUUUGAACAUUUAAGUUGUUAAAUGCGUUGAAUUAGCUGUUAAUCAAUAUCAUUAGAACAAACUCAUUCCCGUCUCUAUAUUAACUUGGCUAACAAAAUAAUUCAGUGAGUUGGGUAUAAUCUCAGAUUUUUUUAAACAAAAAUUACAGUGAAUUAUUUUUAUUAGUUUUUUUUUUUAUUGUGCUUUUUAUUAAAUUGUUCUUAUUAUAUUUAGAGUAUAAAUAAAUAUUUCCCCACAUUUGCUAUGCCUGAGAUCUGUUCAUGCUUCUAAUCCCCCCCCUCCCCUUUCCCCCCAACAUACUAGAUAUGACUACUUAUUACCAAAUAUCCUUUUAUAGUAAACAUUGUAAACUAAGAAAUAACUACCUUGUUUAAUUAUGUCAUCUCAACUUUAUUGCAUAAUAAAUAGUUCAGGA